ACAUGAAACGAAACGUAAUUAUCUGUCGAGUUGGGUGAUGACAGCGAGUUUUGACAAAUUCUCGUUUUUAAUUUCUUCUAAAAAGUCAAAACGAGUUAAAAAUAACAAGAAAUAAUGAUCUCUCCUAUUCACGUUAGUUAAUUAGCUGUUGGAAUUCAUGUAGUGUUGAUAUCCAUAUGUUUGUCGCAAUUUAAUAUUUGCAAAUAAAGUGGGUGGAUUCCGUUUGUACUAAUAAGCGGAGUGUUAUUUGUGUCAUGCCCGCAAAAUAUACGGAAAGUGUUAAUAAUGAAAAGUGGAUGAAAAAUGAAGGGUGUCGAUAGUAUUACAGCCGACCGUGAAGGAAUGACACACAAACCGAUUGUAACAUGCUCGGGCGAUUGGAAUCUGUUUUGCACCCUAGAGGCCCCGCUGGUGGCCGCGAUACCGCAGGACUCCUGCGAGUGGAGAAGGUCGUAUGGGAGAGCAACCAAGUCUGUUUAUUUGGAGGCAUCAUUCACCAAAUUCAAUAAAGACAGACAGUCUGAAUUGAAUCUAUUGAAGAAGCCAAUAUUUCAUAUUUACUGGACAGAUUGUGUGGACAUAGAAUAUUACAAGACAACUCUAAGAGAAGAUAUAGAGGCAUGGCUGAAGCAACUAGAAAAAAACAAAAUUACAGACUGGAUGAUAGUAUUAGUAGAGACUUAUGACAUACGAAAGACAAAUAAAUUACUGCCGCGGACAACUGUACUGGACAAGAUAAAAGGAGACUUUGGUAUAAAGCAGACAGAAGAUAGAUUUAUAUCUGUAAUUAAUCCUAUAAAGUCCGAAGCAAGGAGUGCGGAGUCAUGGAGGGCUCUUGUUGCGAAAAUAAGGCACUUUAUCCUCGUGGCGUAUAAUAAAACCCUUAUUAAGUUUGAGGAGUACAUGAGAGAGCAGAGAGAGAAACGAAAUGAUCCAGAGUGGGAUUUUUGUAAAUAUUUUAUUUUGCAGGAACAACUAGCAUUUGUACUUGAAAUGCUAGGUUUGUAUGACGAGGCAUUAGUCCAGUAUGAUGAAUUAGACGCACUGUUCUCCCAAUUUGUGCUCAAUUCCAAUGUGACGGAGAGUCCAAAAUGGCUUGAGACAUUCAAGCAGCCUGUGACGUCAUGGCAGGCUGUGAGACUGACUGCGUUAGUACCUCAACAUCUGAGGGAACUGAUUAUAAAGAAGAAAGCUUCGCUGUUGGACUUCAGGAGUUAUUUGUUCCAACGUCAAAGUGCCAUGUUGUUACCGUCUUCGAAACCUUGGGAGAUUGCCUCCCGUUGUCUAUCCACCGUCCACAACACACUGGUCGAGCUGUCCCUGUUGGGCGCCAGCGCGGUAGAGGGCGCUGCGGCGUGCUGGGCGCAGCUCGCGUGCGCGGAAACCUUACGGGCGUGUGAGAGACUCGCCGCGAAUAAUAAUGCGCUGGACAUGUGUACUGCGACUCAGGCACCGUUAUUGCAUAAUGCUAAGGAUAAGCUACACGAACUAGGAAAACUAUGCGGCUUACUCCCGGGCUGUCCGGACCCUUCAUCAGAACAGCUCCACCUGGUGGUGAUGCUGUCAGCCGGCAUGGGAGACAGCGAGCCCAACAACCAGCACCCGACGCCCACAGACCGGCUGAAGGAGGCGCUGUGCAGCAAGACUUGCUUUCAGCAGUAUUAUCUGGAACUGGCUGAGCUCGCGAUGGGGACUUAUAAGCAUAUUGGACGGUUAAGGUUCGCUCGCCUCAUAGGCCGUGACCUAGCCGCCUUCUAUUCAGAGCUAGGCGAGACCGGCAAAGCAGUAGUGUUCUUGAUGGACGCGUUACGAUCCUAUGAGGAGCAGGGCUGGCGGGACCUGGCGGCGCAGACCAGGCUCGAACUGGUGGCCGCCGCUAAGAAGAUGAAUGAUAUGGAUAGAUAUACAAAACUCUCAGCAACAAUCGCAAGUACCGCCGAAUUAGAAAUCCUAGUCAGAAACUUUUACUUCGAGGAAAUGAUGAAAGCGAUACGCGAGCAACUAGCCAGCAAAACUGAAACAGUGCUCACAGAGUUAAACGAGUGUUUCAAGGUCGUAUCCGCCAGCUUACUGCCAUCGGAACGCGGUGUUUAUAUCACUGACAAUAAGGUCCAAUGUCGGCUGGCGAUUGUGAGUUAUUUGCCGAAGGAUGUGACUUGUACGAAGGCAGCUAUUAGUAUAGAGAGAUGUGUUGACGAUAAGGCGGAGAAACGGACUCCCGUCAAGAGUUAUAAGACUGAUUUAAGUGUUAGCAGUAGUGUAGGAUCGCAGACUAACUCGCCGCGACGGGGGCAUGUGGAAACUGACAGCGACUCGACUAACUUAAUUACAAGCAUAAGACUGGACGACUUAAAACCUAAAAACCCACUUCUAAACCCUUUACACAUAACAUCGCAAAUACAUUACAAAGAGGACAGAUCCCUUCAAAAGGUCACGGUGGAAUGCCAGAACCCAAAAGUGACCCUCAAACGAUCAGACAGCUGCAAAUACAGGAAACCUUCAGCCACACUCCGGAACAACUACGAAAACUGUUUCUCAAUCGAAAAUGUAACAUUAAAACCAGGCUUAAAUGAGCUCACACUUGAUUAUACAGCUAAAAAGUGUGGUACGUUCAAGCUAGGUCAAGUUUCGCUGGUCGUCGAGGAGAAAUUGGAGUUCCUAUCGAAUGUAUUGAUCGGGACUAAAAUGGGAUGUGAGGUGGUGACUCAGGGUGUCAAUGUGUAUUUGAAUAAAGUGGAGCCGAAGAAGGAUCUUGUUGCUGGGUUAGAACAAGCUAUGGAGCUGGUCGUGACAAGCGGGAGCUCGAAUAUUGAUGAGAAUACAACAAUUCUCCUCAAGACCUCAGCUGGCCUGCUCAUCCGCUUCGCCGACGAUGACACUGCGAUGACUCGGGAGUUAUCCAUCAAGGUACAAGCCAUGGAGCCGUUCCAGACCACGAGGGUGCCGCUCAGGCUGUUUGCUACCUUACAGCCUAGGAAGGAGAAGAGUAUUGAGCACACUGUAUGGCUAACCAGUCCUUGGUGGGAGUCGGCAACAGAAGUGCCCCUCCACUUCUCACCCCCCAUGGUGGCUUCCUGGAGACUCCUGACCUCUAACACCAGGAAGAUAGUCCACGUGACCCUCAAGUCCAAUGUGGUACAUCUGGUGCAGUUCGCGCUGACAGACCCAAAGCUGGAUUGUGAUGGGAAUAAUAGUGUGUCGGACUUGAACCCUAAGAAUUCGGAUUGUAUGAUGGUAGCCUCAGACGGUACAACGGCUUCAUUCAUGUGGGAGCUACUCAAAGACCCAUUAGUUAAAGCCGGGCCGAUGAAAGCCGUGUUCUCGGUCAAAUACAAGCCGGCGGACUUUGAAGGAGAGGGCAGGCCCUUCAUGUGCCCGUUUGAUAUACAGGACUAUACGACGCUGUUUGUUAUAAGGACGAAAUUGGAGCCAAGUAAAGGAUCGGACUUUUGUCGAGCGUCGCAAAUGUGCUGUUUGCAGUUGAGCGUGCAAAGGGUAAACGAAACAGAAUAUACGUCGUUGAUGUACGAAGUUCUUGCUGAUCAGACCAUGUGGGCCGUGUUGGGACGUACUGCAGGAGUGAUUACCAUGGAGUGCACUAGCACUGAGCCGCAGUGUGUGACACUGGACGUGAUGCCGCUCGUCGCCGGGUACUUACCGCUACCCACUGUGCGACUGUCCAAGUACAUUGCUGCUAACACCAAAGAUCCAAAGAAGGACAUAUCGGCCCACCCUCGCUUGGAGCCCUUCAGUCCCGGGCAGGUGUACCACGCGGGCAAAGCGAAGCAAGUCCACGUGUUGCCGCCGAUGCCAAAAGAACACCUCGAUGUACUGUCCUGAAUGUAAGCUAAGUAAAACGAAAGUAUAUAACUAUUGACAAAUAAAUAUAUGUUACAACACGUUACAGCUUAAUAAGACUAUACUGAACUCCAUUUCUAACGGUCUUGUUCGAUUUUCUAUCUUAGUAUUUGGCUAUUAAAGAUAGUAUUUUUCCAAUAAGCUCCAUAUUAUAACUUUAGUAAUUAUUUAUUUAUUAACAGUUUACUCACACGUAUUUACGGGUGCCCACCGCCUCGUCAGUUUGAGAGAUUAAGAGUCUUGUCCCUUCGUGAUUAAGAAACUCGGGUCUGAAAUUAGUCGGUCGGUUAGAUAAAUACGCUUAAGUAAACCCCUAUUAAAUAAAUAAUAAUCUCCAUACCAUGUGCGUAAUAAUUCUAUCGCUAGUAGUCAAAUACAUCGACAGAUAGUAUAUUGAAAACGGCCGUAAAAGGCUGUUCAAUGCAAAAGUUAGCUAAGCAUCUAUCAAACAUCAAAAGUUCAACAAAUAUCAGAAUUAAACUUCUAUGAUUGUUUGUUUGACUUUUAGACGUUUGAAACCUCGAUAGCUGUGUUUGUCUUGAAGUGUUAUAACCAUUACGAUAAUUAAUUAACUUCAAGACAGAUCGUGAGCAGUGAUAAUAGUGAUCAGCCUUUAGAAAAUGGGGUGUGUUUAUAAGAUUUGAGCUUACAAUUAUUUAUUUAAAGAUAAAACGCAUCAGCUUGGAAUACACGCUUGAGGAAGUCGAGUAAUCGAAGCAGAUGUGUUUAGUCGAUUAAAUAAAUCGAUAAUUAUAGCGAUUAUAUGCUUUUGCUCAGGAUGUAUUCCACUUUCUGUCUGUACGUGGCUAGAAAUAUAAGAUUUUAUAACUGUAGACGUAAUAUUAUAGUUGUAAAGUCUCCGUGUUCUCAUAAAGACUAACUCUUUCGAAUUAACUUGAAUUGGGAUUUAUACAUCUCCAUACCUAUACCUAAAUAAUAAAAAAUAAAUUCAAUAACAUGUUUUAAGCAUUUAAAAGACAUUUUAAGACUAAGAAGACAAGAGCUAGUAUUAUUGAACUCUAUAAAAAUAAAGCUGACUAUUCAUGAAAUCGUGACAUUUACCAAAAAUCGACUAAACGUUAAUGAAAUACUAGCUGUCAAAAUACAUACCUAGAUUGUGAAAAGAAAUACGUCCAUUGCGUUUUUGAAGUGUUAUAGCUUUUUUAUGGUUUCAUAAACUAUACUAUCAAGCUCAAAAGUUAUGUUGGAUUUUUAACUUUAAUGUUAAAAUAAAUAAUUGAUAUUAUCAUCAUGAUGGAUGUUGAGUGGUAGAUACAAACGAAUUGUAAAUGCUUGAAUUAAUAUAAUAACUGUCGAAGUAAGGCUCUUUGUACAUGAAACAAUGCAAGUUUCCUUUACACGACUUUCCAUUGAGACUUGUUUCGGUCGAAUAUUGGAGACUUGUGUUGCGUCGUGUAUGCAGGGCUUAUAUUAACAUAAUGCUUAAAACUUAAUAUGGGUUAUAAAAAAUUAAUUGUGAAUCAAUAUUUGCAUUCAAGAACUUUUGUUAGGUAACGAAAAAAAUGCUUUAAGGCAAAUAUUUAUCGCUCAUUGUAUAUUACCUGUAUUAAACGACGCUGCUAUUAUAUACUCGAAGAGAUAUAAGCUUCUAUUCUAUACAUAUUUUCCAGACAAUGAUAAAAUUAAAUAUUGAAAGAUAUAGUUAAUAUUGAAACUGCUUACGAAAUUAUAUGUGAAUAAAAAAUUGGACCACCAACAUGUGAUAAAUCAUAUGCUUUGUAAGGUUAUAUGCGUAAAUAAUAUACUUUAAAAUAUUUUAUACUUUGUUUGACGAUUUUUCAAAACCUUCUUUUUAACUGUACUGAAAGCAUGUGUUUUUAUAGAAAGGUCAACAAAAUGUAGAGGAAGUCUUUUAUUAAUUGAAAUUAUACGUCAGUUUUCAUCUGAUGGGAGGGUUAUACUCCACACAUAGUCUUGAUUUAUAAGGAGGUUUGCUCCCAGUCUCAGUUUCAAUAUCUCGUUCCGUAUCAACGUAUGAAAACAAUAUAAGCUGCCAAAAAUCUAAUCUUCUGAAGUACUGAAAUAAAUUAUUUGAAUCUUAUUUUUUGCAUUAUAGUCGUUAUUUUAAUGACUUUAUUCACGAAUAUAUUCAUUUAUCUAGUGCCAUAAUGACUUAUUUAUACUUCAGUUUCAUUAUAAAAGAUAUUAGAGCUUCUAACAAACAAAAAUUAGGGAUUUCCAUCUAACACAACAUGUUUUUUAUGUAUGAUAUGUGUUAAAUACUAAUACAAUAAAUAUUUGACCUUAUUUUCAUUACAUUUAGGUCUAUUAUAAUAUAGCUAGCUAUGUGUUAGUUGUAAUUGUAUAACGUAGAGUUAAAACUGACAUUAAUAUCGUUUUAUUUUACGAAUUAUUCAAGGUAUGGACUCGACAGACUAAGAAAAUAAUUUCUGUAUAUGUUAUCGCAUGUUUUCUGGGUUUUCUCUAUUAUAUGACAGUUAUAAACACUUUAGUACAGUAUAGCGAGAAGACAGACUAAGGCUAAAUAGAGGUCUUUCUAUGCGUUAGCAAUUACAGUAAGUGAAAUUGUCAUAAAAAUAAUAUUUAUUCUAUAGACGGCGAUGUAACAAAAUUAUCAUAAAAUUAAGAUCCCAAUUGUUUCUUGCAACACGUGGUUCUAGAAAAUGUGUAGAAAAUCAACUAUGUUUAGAUUUUCAAUCUGAAUUAAGUUCAAAAUGGGAUUCUCAAUAUCACGUUCUGUGGUAACGCCUCAAUUCAACCAACCAAUCAGACUUCUUGAUUGUACCGACUGUUAAAAUUGUGAGCGUGGUUUAUCUUUGAGUUGUUUUGUUUACGCCAUACUUAUUUCGCUACAACGAUUACGUCUACCUAGUCUCUAUCUUGUCUUUAUUUUUUCUCUUAUAAGUUGUAUAUACAAUUUGGUGCUAGAAUUAUAUAGAGGUAACACCAAAUUCUUUAUUACAUAACAAGUUCAAGUUAUUUUAGUUGUCUUUGUAUAUCUUGUUAUUAAACUUGGUGCAUGUUGUUAAGUUCAAUAGUUUUUGUUGAUUUUUGACAAGAGAUUUAUAUGUUUUGACUUUUCCGAGUGUUUUUUGUAAGAAAGAUAUUUGUAUAAGAAGCUAAAGAAACUACUUCAAGGUAACUUUAUAUUUAAGUUUUAUCGAAAAUUCUGUGACCUUUUCGUGUUCUUCAAAUCCAGUUGGGUAAAUGAGCCAGUGCUACACGAAGGAUGAUGUGUCGUCUCGCUUCAACAACGGUAAAAGUCUUGCUUUAUGAGCUCAUAGUACAAGCAGCUAUUUUAAAUCGUAAAGAAAAGAGAUUAAUCACCUUAUUGAAACAAACUUACUUAAACAUCCCUGUGUUAAUUUCCAUCGUAUAUGCGAAUGCGAAUAAAUAUUUAUGAGCUUCUUAAGUAUAAGAUAUCCAAAGAAUUAUUUGAUGUACACAAUCUAUUAGUUACUAUUGCUAGCCAUCAUAGUAAUUUUAUAGCUGAAAAUAGCAAUGCAAAAGGCAAACGUUUAGUUUUGUAAACAAGUUGUGGUAGAAAAAAAAAUGAGUAUACUCACUAGGUGUGACAUAUUUUUUAUUGUUUAAUGUAAGAUGCUUAGAUAUUUAGUAAGGCAACACUUCAUUAAUUUGCUAAUUAUUUACUCUGACAACAUUUUCAGUGUUGCAAAUUAAUGAGGUUAGUCUAGUUUUAUCUUGUAGCAUGAUUAGACAUUCAUAAUAUAUUUGGUUUAAUUACCAUAUAGUUCUCAUUAAGUUAUUGACUUUUCCAUAAAGUGUAUUUAUUUUGUUUUAUAAGUGAAUUAUUAGCGAUGAUCCAAUUUAGACGAUUAGUGAUUCAUAUUUAUUUAAAGAAACUGGACAUGAUAUGCAUACAAUGUUGAAAUUACUAAAUCAUUAACUAUCGUCCAUUUUGGAUCAUUAUGAAUGUUUAUAGACGACAAAAAGAAAAAAACUUCAAAAAUAUGACGGCACAGAUUAUUUUACUAGUAAACAAUUUUCUGAUUAUAUUUAGUUUUUUAUAAUAAUUUUGAAAUUGUUGUUAAUUAAUAUUUGACCGUUUCAUUCAUCGCUAAAAGUCUACGAAAGCAAGGUGUUAAUGUAAAUAGGUGUAAUACUGUAUAACUGGAGAUUGUAUUUAUGUUUCAUACUAUGUAUUAUAUCUAGAACUACGAAUAUAAUGUUUAUUGUUAG